AUCUAUAAAAAGAAUAUCCAAAUAAUAAAACUAGUACAUGUGGUGGUGUGUGAAUGAACAACCAAAAACAAAUGAAAUGAACAACAUCCGAAGAUUGUGUUCUGCUUUCAGCUCCAAACUUGUCAGAUUUUCAUACAGAAAUUACAGUCACAAUUCUGUUUCCAGUUCUUUCCUCACACAUGGUAUCCAUGUCUUUCAAUGCCCUGAUGCAAUUGGAAUUGUAGCAAAACUAUCAGAUUGUAUUGCUUCUAAUGGUGGUAACAUUCUUGCUGCUGAUGUUUUCGUACCACAAAAUAAAGGACUUUUUUACUCUAGAACUGAUUUUGUUUUUGAUCAUGUUAAAUGGCCUCGAUCACAAAUGGAAGAUGAUUUCUUAAAGAUCUCUAAAAAUUUUAAUGCUGUGAGAUCUAUUCUAAGGGUGCCUGCUCUUGAUCCUAAAUAUAAGAUUGUUGUUCUAGCAUCAAACCAAGACCACUGUCUGAUUGAUUCAUUACAUGGAUGGCAGGAUGGAAGACUUCCAGUGGAUAUAACUUGUGUAAUUAGUAACCAUGAUAGAGGUCCAGAAAGCGAAGUGAUUCGCUUUCUUGAAAGACACGGCAUUCCUUUUCAUUAUUUAAGAACAACGACAGAGAAUAAAAGAGAAGAGGAUAUCUUAAAGCUAGUUCAGAAUACUGAUUUUUUAGUACUUGCAAGGUAUAUGCAGAUAAUGUCAACCGACUUUUUAAGAAGUUACGGGAAGGAUAUAAUUAACAUUCACCAUUGCCUGUUGCCAUCAUUUCGAGGUGGCAAUCCAUGUAAACAGGCCUAUGAUGCAGGUGUGAAACUAAUUGGUGCAACAAGUCAUUUUGUGACUGAAGGAGUUGAUGCUGGACCUAUUAUUGAACAAAUGGUUGAAAGAGUUUCUCAUAGAGAUGACUUGCAGAGCUUUGUACAGAAAUCGGAGAAUCUUGAGAAACAAUGUCUGUCAAUGGCAAUCAGAUCUUAUUGCGAGCUUCGAGUAUUACCAUAUGAAGAAAAGAGUACUGUUGUAUUUUAAGGGCAAACAUCAACUAUAUAUAUAUAUAUACUGUAAUAAUGUACCAAAAUAUGUAAUCGAACUACUCACAUUAUAUUCCACUUUAGUAAUGAGACUUUUAGAGAUAUACA